UAAAGCGACACGCGUCUAUCGUCGAGCGGUUCGAUAAAGCCGCGAAUUUACGCAAAGAUCCGCAGUCUAAUCGCUACGCGUGAUGCAACCGUUCGCAAUGCCACCAGGGAACUUCGUCACGCAUCUCUAGCCUUUCUUUCUCCAUUCAAUCCUUCCCUCCUCGUCGCCAUUCAGCGUACAAUUCUUCCCCUUUCCGCGAUUUCAGCCUGCGCGCACAUUAUUCUCGGCCCGGUAUCUUCGGGCCGCGAUAAAGACGCGGCGGCAAUAUGCGCGGCGAACGAUAAAUAACAAUUUCCGCGCGUCGGUGACGUUCGCCCCGGCCCGUUUCGUCCACUCCCGAUAAUUCCGCUAAUGACGGCCGCGGACGCUGGUUAAUUAGCCGAUGACGCAUUUCGAUCACCGCGCCGCGUCGGCCGGCUCUGCACGGCUCGGCUCAGGCUGCGGAUCGAGACAGUCUCUCUCGUCGGCCGACGAAAUUCGCUGGAUCUCGCCGCUGCGGUUUUUCACCGUGGACCGCCGCGCGUGCGGCCGAACGGCCGUUUUCUGGACGAAACGCGAUAAACUUGAGAAUUAUGAGCGAUAGAAACGAAUGAUGACGAAAGUUGUAGAGUAUAGUAAACAUUCGGUGGUUAUGUUUUUUUGCUACCUUACAGGGAUAUUAUGAAGUUUUCUUAACGCUAGAUUUACGGAACUCUAGAAUUCGACGGAUAUCGAAUGUUUUAACCCUUCGCGGGCGAAGAUUCUCUGAAAUAUACAAAACUUCAACAGAUGAAGCUAAAUUAUAUAAUUACUUGCGCAAUAGAAAUGUGCUGAUCUUUUUCUAUUCGAGUAAUUAAAUCAUUUAUCAACGACUUAGUCUUACGAAUAUGAAAACUUCAUCUCAUCGAAAUGUCGACAUUCGUCCGCAAAGGAUUAAACAUUAUUUAGUGUUUUAACCCUUUGCGGACGAAGAUUCUCUGAAAUGUACAAAACUUCAACAGAUGAAGCUAAAUUAUAUAAUUACUUGCGCAAUAGAAAUGUGCUGAUCUCUUUCUAUUCGAGUAAUUAAAUCAUUUAUCAACGACUUAGUCUUCCAAAUAUGAAAACUUCAUCUCGUCGAAGUGUCGACAUUCGCAAAGGGUUAAACAUUAUUUAGUGUCGGUUUAAGUCGAUUUCGAUCGGUGCAAUUAUGCAACACAUUAUAAUUCUCUAUUGUUGAAACUCGAAUUUCCGCGAACUAUAGGAACAACCGUGUAGUUUUCUAGGUACGAUAGAAUAAAGUGUAGAUUAUUAUCCGUAAAUCUAGUGUUAACGACAAUGGAUGUUCUGCGUUUCGAUUCAAACGUUCUAUGAACAGACGGGAUUUCUUUGCACGAAAUGGCUGUUUGUGACGUGAAAGUCACUUCGUCCAGCAGGACAUCGGUGACCUUGAGUUUUCGUUAUGUGAGUAGUUUUUCGGAGUUUUGUCCACAGGCGGCCGCACUGUGCGUCGCCUCGACCACUAAAUUUCCAACCGUUCGCUGAACGAGAUCGCGUGUUCUGUCUGCGCAAACGGAACUGCCGUUGUUAUUGAAGCGAACAAUAGCUACCAGGAGUCCACGUUCGUCGAGGCUCGCUUGAGCAGCUCCUCUUUCGUUCGGUGAACUUGCUCGGUACAUAUCCGAUGAAAUCUGACGGUUUUCGGGCUGCCUUUCGUUGUCGCCUGAAAGGGUGAUACAUGGAUUAGGAGAUGCCUCAUGGUUUUCGGUGUUCUCAACUAGCUACAUCUUCGAUCGCGGUGUAUCUUAGGGUUGCAAUCUGUUGCGAGACGAUUAGAACCACCGAGUAAUUGAAUGAUCCAAUUUUACAACGAGCCUUGCUGCAUUUCUGUGUUCAUCUCGAGGUUCAUCGGUUGGUGUCGCAAAUGAUGCAUCGGAUACUUCGACUAAUUACGCCGAUGACUCGGCGGACAGCGUAUUAACCUUCACCUUGCCGGACACGUGUCCGAGUUCUCGAAUCGAAUUUUCCCAGUGAAUUUCAAUAAAUUUGAAUAUUCCGCAAUUGUUCGUAUCGGUUGAAAGUCAAUGCGUUCGCGUGCAAUGGCUUCGCCGCCGGCGAGCUACUAAGAAUAAUGCAAAUUCGUCAAUUCGGAAGCGAGAUAAUUCGCGAAACAAUCGGUUACACGUGGACACAUCACGCGAGGUAAAUAUCGAAAGCAUUUUCAACGAUAAUCCGUAUAAAAUCAACUCGACACAAUAGCCGGAAUGGCAUGCUAAUAAAAGCAUGCGACGAAAACGAAUUCCUGCGAGUUCGGAAAUAAAACUGCUUCAUAAUACACGGAACUGGCGAGAACCGUACCGAUCGGAUUCACGAACAGUGUCCCGCGCGAGGUGAUACAAAAGCCUCGGCGACCGGUUAUUCGGCCAAGUUCUCGUUCCGCUGUUCGCCCGGCGGAACACGUUUCGAAUACGCGGGAUCAGCCUCGAAUUGGAGGGUUCCCCGACGGACAGCGACAGGAUCAACAAAAAAAUCAGAAGUGCCGAGAAAUCACUGAUAAACCUACCACGACCGGAAGUCCUCGCCGGAGUCAGAUAAACGGUCGGCGGAGAGAUAGCGACGGUCGCGAAUAUUCCGUCGAAAAGGGAUUCCUCUCAGUGACAUUCCGUCGAAGCGGAAUUCUACGCCGCGACACUCGAACCGGUAGCGUUCGGUGCGAGGGUUAUACAUUCCGGGGACCGAUCGUCGCGGCCGACCGAGCCCGAACUACCGGCGGACCUCGCCGCCGCGUGGCAUGCGGGAUCCGUUCCGCGGAGUUCGCGGCUCGAUCGGCGCCGAUUGACGUAAACCAUUUAAAUGUAAAUAGAUGCGUGCCGCGAAAGCGUCACAAAUUAUGUAACCCGCGUCCGGGAGGACAAAGCGCCAGUUAUUCGAAAUGUCCGCCGAUAAACAAGCGAGUCAGUCCGGUCGCUGGCGUUGAUACCGCGGCGGUUUCGAAGAGAGAGAGAGAGAGUAUCGCAAGGAUCGCGAUCUUCUCGGACAAGGAGAGUUCUUUCCUGGAAAACCGACGGCGGAGUCCGAUCCUCUGCCGACGAGAGUCACGUGGAACGCGACUAAUUGCGGAUGAGCUUCUGCGUACGCUCCCGGAUGUACAAGCUGCGCACGGAGGAAGGCGACGAGGCGUCGAUAAUUCCGAUCGCCCUGUGAUUUCUGGGGUUAUUAAUCUCUGGCCUCCGCUUUCGUCCAGUUCCGACGACUGGCUUCUCCGCUGCGAUCUGAAAAGUGUUCCGCACGAUCGAGAGACCGGUCGGAGUAUCUCGGAAUUACCAUUGAAGAUUCAUCGCGAAGACGCUGGACCGAGUCGCCGGCGCGACUCUUGCGUCACGAGGCUAUUGGAGCGGUGCUCACCUUCGCGCAACCGUUUCGCUGUGCAAUAAAAACGGAAAAAACUGCGAGUGUCGAGGUAUAAGAGACACAACGCGUGUUUACCUCGCGCGGGCUGGGCUGGCGCCAGUUGAUCACCCGGUAGAUCGAUCGACGGGUUUCGGAGCGCGGUCGUGCCGGAUCGUGAGGAUCGAACGCGACGCGCGACGACUGCUGAGGAACCGUCCGCCGCGAACGGGCGAACGGAGAAGUAGGGUAAAGUUGCAAGGGGAAAAAACCGAGGCUGCUCGGAAGCGGAAGCGUCGAAGACGAAGAGGAUCGCGGUGAUAUCGAGCGAGGCACGCUAGAAUUCGAAUCCGGAGGAAGCCGCGGGGACUGCAGAGCCGACAGAAUUUCGCGUAACGCGAGUCCGCUCGAGUGUCGCGGUCCCGAGAGGCGGAGGAGCGCGGCCGGCCGAAUAAAAAGUGGCACACGGCGGCUCGCUUUCCACGGUCGCGUGGGGCCCGAGGAAGAGGCCGGGGCGUGGGUGGACGUGUCCAGUCGAUUCAGGUGUCCCGAUUCGCGCGCACCUCGCGAUCCGAGUAAUUACGAGGCUCGACGCCCGGUCGAGCCGAUCUCGUCGGAUUCCGAGCGCGAAGUCGGGGGGAGGAUCGGAGAAAAUGAAUGCGCCAGCCGCGAGGCCGAGGAUCGAGGCUGGUUGACGAAGAAAGUGAUCGCCGCCGCCGCUGUCGCCGAUAACGAGUGACCCGUCGCGCGAUCCCCGCGUUACGUCCAGAUUAUCUCCGUCGAUCGAGACGUCGCGCGGCUCGCGGACCGAGCAACGCCAGAAUUAGACGCGAAUCAGACGGAUGACCGCGAGCGUGGCUCGAACGGGAAACGACGGAGGAGCGUGAAAGUCGACGCACUUCGACAAUUUCCAUUGACGUCCGCCGACAUCCGGUCCAGGACGCACACCAGCAAAAGUGGGACGCGGCCGACACCUGUUCGCUCGGACUCGGGUCGCUUAGGAAGAGCGGACAGCAAUCGUCAGCGGUCUCUCGGCGAUGCGCGGGCUGAAACUGUAAGGGGAGCUGCUGGUGAUCUUAGGAAGUGUUACCGGAGGAUUCGAGUAAUCAGUUCAGUUAAUGGUAGACGUUGAAAGUACGCGGAGUUCACCGUUCGUACGUUUAGAGGCGCUAAGUCUGAGGAUAGGCGAUGAAGAAUGAUACGAAGGAUCGUCGCAGUGAAUAGACGUUUCGACGGGUCGCGACGAUCGGAGUUCACCGUUGGCUGAUUCUCGUUGGAUCCUUCUCGCGAACCGAGGGAAACAGGAUUCCUCGUUGGAUCGUCGCGGCUGAAGAUGCAGAAGUCUUACGAUAGGAUCGAGGUGCCGAAGAUAGUGGUGUGCUCUAAAUCAGUGUUGGACGAUUGCGUGGACGCGGAGGAGUGCGACAAGAGGUCGUUGUUGAAUCAGAGGAAGAUGAUCAGGUCACGGAGCAGGAGGCUCUCCAGGCGGUUCUCGACGUCGAUCAUCGACCGCCGCUCGUCGUCCUCCUCCAGGAGUCCGUCGCCGUCUUUUCGGCGGACACAGGCGCAGGGUCAGGACGAGGAGUCGCGGGAGAAGAUUAACGACAACGGCGGCAACGGUAAGCCCGACCUCGGGCCGGGUCAAGGGAGUCACCUGGUGGAAUCGAACGUUGAGAUCGAAGGUCAGGAAUCCACGUUGGACAGGUUGCAAAAUGGCUUCUCGGCCGGCGAGGAUCGGGAGGGAGGCAAACCGUGCCCGAAAGUGAUCGUGGAGAACGUCAAGUCCUCGGAGAGCGAGACCGAGCCCUGCAAGAGUAGGCAUAGAUGCGAGAAAUGCGUCAGGGGGCGGAACAACAAAGACGAGGCAUGCCUGAUCAAGUGUUCCGGGUAUCAGCAGUACCUUCGGCUACUGGUGGUACCGCAAACGAACUUGGAAUGGGGAGAGGGUAGCGGUGACGAUUUGAGCUCGGAGUGGGACUCCGAUCACACCGAACGGUCCAAUGAACGAACGAUCGCCAAGUCGUCCGGGUGGAGGAAGCUUAGGAAUAUCGUGCACUGGACACCGUUCUUUCAAACGUACAAAAAACAGAGGUAUCCGUGGGUUCAGUUAACAGGACACCAGGGGAACUUCCGAGCGGGGCCCACGCCUGGGACGAUUUUGAAGAAACUCUGUCCCCAGGAGGAGGCCUGUUUCCGGUUGUUGAUGAACGACGUGUUAAGGCCGUACGUGCCGGAGUUCAAGGGUGUUCUGGACUUGAAGGAGACGGAGGAAGGAAACACCGAUGAGACUGAAACAGGGGAGACUGUUCAGAAAGACGGCGUCAAUAAGAGGACAGUGAUGUCCGCGUAUUUGCAACUUCAAGAUCUUCUCGGUGACUUUGAACAUCCCUGCGUGAUGGACUGCAAGGUCGGUGUUAGGACGUAUCUGGAAUCUGAGCUUGCGAAAGCAAAGGAGAGGCCUAAGUUAAGGAAAGACAUGUAUGAGAAGAUGGUGCAAGUGGAUCCGACCGCACCGAGCGCAGAGGAACGUCGCGUGCAGGGUGUCACUAAACCGAGGUACAUGGUCUGGCGUGAAACUAUAUCUAGCACGGCGACGCUUGGCUUUCGCGUAGAAGGCAUUAAGCUUGCGCACGGCAGCUCGUCCAAGGACUUUAAAACAACCAGGACUCGGGAACAGGUAACGGAAGCGUUGAGGCGUUUCGUCGAGGGCUAUCCGCACGCGGUGACCAAGUAUAUUCAGCGGCUGACGGCGAUCAGGGCGACGUUAAAAGCGUCGCCGUUCUUCGCGUCGCACGAGGUCGUCGGGUCCAGCUUGUUGUUCGUUCACGACGCGAAGAACGCCGGUAUCUGGAUGAUCGACUUCGCGAAAACGUUACCGCUACCGCCGCACCUGCCUCGGAUUCGCCACGACGCGGAGUGGCAGGUCGGAAACCACGAAGACGGUUACCUGAUAGGUGUGAAUAAUCUGAUAGACAUAUUCCAAGAUAUACGAAAUUCCGAGCAGACAUAGCUAUUGUCGUACAACGUGCUUAACGAAUGCACAGAAAAAUAUAGAUAAAAAGUAUUUGCACGCUUAAUUUAUUCGUAAGAACUUUGUGUAAAACAUGGUACAUCAAUAUCACCUAGAUUUUUUUUUUGUUUUUUUUUAACCACUUUAACACUAUCGAUAAGAACUAUACAGUCUGUUAAGCUUCCCGUUAUAGUGAAGUUCCGAAGUAACGAGAUACUUUUUCUUGUACAUAAUGGAGUACUAAAGAAAAAAAGGCUAGGUUGUAUUAAUGCGCUAUUUCUUUGUGUAACGUUAUUGCGAAAAAAUUGAGUGUACAAACUACUUUGUUCACCCGCUGUAUAUACUUCCAUACGCGUCGCUUGUUCUAACGAUAAGUAUUGUACAUAUAUAGAUAUUUCACAGUUAGGACGUUCACUGGUAAUUCUCGCGAGAAACGGACCAAAGACGCGGCGGCCCUCGCUGCCUAGGUAUUCAUGUAAUAACGUAGACCGCAGAGAGAACCCUUUGUAAAAAUAAUUUAAUCGUCUACGGUAAUUACGUAAGAUUUAUUUAUACGUUACAUACAACGCCGCAGAAUCUUCUUGAUACAAGAGAGAAAGUGUGUGGGACUGAGUGUACGCGUGUGUGUUUGCGUGUGUAAGAUAGAGAACGGAAAGUGUUUUUGUAUUUAAAAAUCGUUCCAUGCAUUUGUAAAUAAUCCAACACUUAAUAGAAAAGAAGGUCAAUGACUCCGUGUGUGUACUUAUUUCGCUGGCUUACUACUAUAUUAAUCGCGCGUGUCGUCUUAUUAUGAUCCCGAGAUUAUUUUCUUUAUUGUAAGCGGUACGCACGAAACGGCAGAAAAGUUGCCUGUGUUUAUACUGCUUUUUACAUGGGAAUCGUGCUCCAGCAUACCUUGAAGUUCCAAAACUACCCCGCAGGAUUAAACUAAACAAAGAACAUGUAAUGAAAACAAGAAAGAACCGGUAUCAAUUCUGUCAGGGUGCAUUGUAAGGACUAUUCCUCGGUUGCUGUUGAGUCUGUAUGGUCUGUUGCUGUUGAUUGCCCGUAGACUGGGUCGACGUUAUCGUUGUCGGAGCUAUCACUCGUGCAUAAACCGCGGCGCCGGUGGUUUUCAGACCCGCCGGCGUUGGUAUCACCUUCAGACCGUGCAAGGUUUUGAUGUUGAGCAACUGGCUCGGCAGAAUGAUCGGUUGUUGUUGCGUUUGCUGCUGCGACGACUGUUGCUUGCCAAGUACCACGCUGCCGCUGCUGUUCACGCCGACACCGACGUUUUUGUUACCGCUGGCUAAGACGAUCGGUUUUCCGGCCAGCUGAGCCGUAACCAUUCGUACCGUUUGAGCUUGCUGAGGCUGGGAUUGUUGCGUACUCACGAUGAUCUUCGAUUGUCCCGAUGACGUUUGCGCUUGCGAGACAACCUGGGAGUUUCCAUGAGAUUAGUAUUAGAAGUGAAUCACGAUACAACGAACUUAAAAACUUGGUAACUUUUCUCUAGAUUAUGGGUCUACAAUAGAUUAUCUCUUAAAUACAUAUAUUUCAAU